AUGGGCUCCUCUCCAUCCAAAGGAAAGUUAUUUUCUAAGACAGCAAAUUCUCAACCUCAAUCAGAUUUGCCAGAUGAAGCACCACAGGAGGGUGUUGAUUCUAGACCUGAAGAAGAAAAGGGUGAGUGUUUCAAGACUGACGAGGAAGAACAUGAACUUCCUCUUCCCAUUGAAGAACCUCAUACGAAAGAGAUUGAUUGUUCUCAGCUGGCAUGCGACGCAGCAGUGGCCCAAAACACAGAGGACAUUAAAGAAACAGAGGUGGAUGUGAGGCCGUUAGGAAUAGUCGAGGAGAUUGUACAAACAGACACAUGUUCAACAACAGAGAAGAUAAAGAAGAAUAAAGGCAGGAGAAGGUCUACUAAAAAGCAAAGAAAAACGUCUUGUAUCCAGAGAAAGGUGGACCUCCCUCCACACAUGGUGAGGGCUCACGUGGCAGCCUAUGCCUAUCUGAAUCCGAACAUCUCCAAAUAUGAGACCCUGCUGGGCCUGCUGGACCAGGCCGCGCAGACCCAGCUGUCCCUGCAGCCCCCGAUAUCUGCUUUGGUGUUUCGCUUCGAGGAGAUCAACCAGGCUCUAGAGGAAAUGGCCGAGGAGGGGGAGCUCAUGUUGAAAGAGCAUGGGGACAAUAUGGCCUUGCAAUCGGGGAUGAUGGGCCCCACUAUUAUGCCAUCUAAACCGAAAAAUGACACAGGCAACCCCCCAAACCCACCUCCAGAUCUGUUACAGCAACUGCUUCAGCAUUCAACAGAGAAAUUGAGGCUUGUGGGGGGCUCGGUCCACGCACUUAGUGACACCACCCUUGAGGAGGCGGUAGAGUAUUUUGCUUCUAUCUCUAAACUGCUGGUUGGGAAGAUGCAUGCCAAGCAGGCAGCAGAGCAGAGGUUGUUUCAAGUGCUGGCACAAGUGGAGGAAGCUGCCAUGAGGAAGUAUAACCCAGAGAAGUUGUCCCUGCACAGUCAGGACAGUGGGAUUGGGGGAGAAAAUGAGAAUAUGACGGGGUCUGAGAGGUACCACCGGCAGCGUGGGAGUGCUGGAGCUGGAAUUUGUGGAUCUGGAUUCAACAAUCGAGGCCGGACAGUCCUCUGAUGAGGGGUGAUGACGUCAGUUGGACCCAAGUGCCGCUGUGGCAACAGCCGAGAGCCCAGCUGUGAUUGGUUGGGAUGCUAACG